AUGGUGUCUUUGAGAUUAGCGGUUGGUCCCGACCUAGCUCUAACUAGUCAGCCAACCUCGACCACGGUCCUAAUUGUUCCUAGCCGAACAGCAAGCCCUAGUUUGACCACCUCGGUUUCGGCUUUGACUUCGAUCGACUCUGGUUCUUCCUUGUCUACCACACCUACAUCUACGACUCAAUUCACACCAACUCAAAAUCUCACUGAUCCAACUAACACCACAUCUCAGACAAUCUCGUCGGCAACACCGUGGGCAUCUAGUGGUCUAUCUCGGUCGUUGACGCCCUCGCCGAACCUUGGUACCGCACCUACAUCGUCGUUGUCGUCGUCGUCCACUCAUGGCAGCACCACGAACCAGCACCACGGCGUUUCGGCUGCGACAGACACCACAUCCCUGACCGCCGUCUCAUCUCACGAACUUCCAUUGACUAGCCAUUCCUCUCAGAGCAUAACACUAACGACAACCAACGACCCAGUGCCCACCACAACUGCUGCUCCCGGGACGACUGAAAAUUAUAACCACCGGUUGAUUAUUAAUUUGGGCGACUGUGCUGGGUUCACUACGCCCAGAUUAAGUCUCAUUGCAGGAGAGAUGAGCGAUCUAGUUCCUAUAGGGGACGGAAGAUUUGAGAUUGGACUAAAGGCUGAUCCUCAAAACUCAGUUUUUGGUCUUAUUGUAUCCUUGAAAGACGAAGGGGUUCGUUGUGGAAGCGAAGACUAUGCUUCAUGCACGGCGAUAGACAUAGGCUUUGGAGCAACAUCCGAACUGAUUAUGAAUGUGCUCAUGGCCGGCGACUAUAGCAAAUAUAUGUACCCAUUUAGUAUCUGGCUUGAAGAUGGAACGGUGUGGAAUGCCCAACCUGCCAGCUCGCCCGAGGCAAUGUACAAUUGCUGGGGGUGGACUGAUGCCGAAUGUCCUUACGCAAUCAAGCAUGGUGGCACUAGUGGGGCCAGUUGGACACUUUCCUCAAAUAAUAUAUCCGGAGACAUGUAUAUUGGUUUCUGCCCGUCCAAUGGACCUGCGUGGUCCAGCAUCCCCUCCAAUCCCGAACCGGACUCACAUGAAUGGGGCAACGAAAGCACAUAUGUCGUCCUUCCAUCACAAAUGGCAAUUCCAACCUCGACAUUCAUCAAGCCCAUCGGGCCUAGCGCGCUCAGUGUCCCGACACCAACCACAGAGCCUCUCUGCGAUCAGCCUUCAGAUUGCGCCACGUUUAGUACAUAUAUCGUUCAGGAAGGGACUACCACGGUCCGGUCUACUUUUGUAACUCCCGCACCAGAUACGACGAGGUACGAGGGGACUAAGGUUAUUAUUGACGCUACAACAGCCGUACCGGAAACAACCAUUAUUACUACCGGUGGCCUAUCAGCAAUAAAUCCAUCAACGGCAAUCGUCCUUGAUUCCACAACAACUUCCCGAAAGACGACUUUUCUUACUACACCCACGCCAGUUACAGUAUCUUCGACAGUCCAGACCACGAGUCCCCAAUCUUCCUCCUUCCAGUCAGAAUGGUCGUCUUCGCCGACCAGGACAAGGAUCCGCGAUCCAACGGAAACUUCGUCAAUUGAAUCUCGCACUGCCAUUUCAACCUUGGCACCCACUCUCAUCCCGACAUACAGCUACACCACUGAUGGUCUAGGCUCUACUAUGUCCACCUCGUCGUAUGAUCUCACGGUUUCUGCUGCACCCACUACUAUCCCAGCUCCUACGGAGUUUAUCAUUAGCUCAUGGACGACAUGGAUGACGAUCAAUGGCUCCACGGUUCCAGCAAUAGCCGGCGAGGUUGGCGUAUUGACCACUGUUUCGAUGACUUAUUUACUCGAAUCAGGUUCAAUUAUCCCUGUCUCGGAAUUGAGCACCCGAAGCGUUAAAUCUAGCCAAACAAGUGAUCCGUCCCCUACUUUAGCUGUCUCGGCCGACAAAGAUCAGACUAAACAAAACCAAGGCGGGAAAAUUGCCGGAGCGGUAGUCGGUACGCUUGUAGGGCUUGUAUUAGGGAGUUUGGUAGUAUGGUACGUUUGCUACCGUCGGCGGCGGAGGCAAAUGCGGGACAACUUUGCGCGAGGCGAUCCGUCUUGGGUGGCCCCCAGGCAUGAAGCCGGAUCGGGCGGUGGAUCGAGGUUGUUGGUGGAUCUGGACGAGGGACCGCGGAUGAGCAGCUCGCACAUUCAGCCUUGGGUUCCGCCGAGGUCUGUGGUUCCGCCACCGAGAAAAGGGGGCCAGCUGGAGAUGGAGAGUGCGCCAGGGGCGUAUGGUGUUAGCGUGCUAUCCAGUUCAAGUAGAGAGCCUGAAUUGUUAAGCAAUGAAGGGGGAUCUUCGUCCCAUGGCUCGACUGAUCAGCAUCAAGUCUCUACUGCCACUGCUACACGAAUUGGAAAACCCAGCACCAGGAGCGAGUCCACUCUUCAGCCGAACGCAAUGGUGUCUCAGCGACCAGUCUCUUCGAGUCACCUAAGCACGUCACUUGCCAGCCCAUCCAUGAGCCUCCUCCCAACACCCUUCCAAGACGAGCCUCCCAGAGAACGCACACCAACGAGCCCACCCAUUCGAGCCGCUCCGAUACCAAGACAAGAGGCCCCGCUGACUCGAGCGGAGCCGUCUCGCAGGCGCCAGCUACACGAUGAAGAGCAGGGCAGACACGAUGUCAUCCCGCCAUUGUAUAACGAAGCAUGGAACACUGGGCGGUGA